AGUGUAAGUUCUAAUAACAACGUAUUUAUUUAUAUUGUUUUAGUAAUUAGUGAUUUCGUGCUAAUUGUGCGGCUAACAACCGCUUUCUAUCAAAUUUUAUUUUACAAAACUGAAAAUAUUACUGCCAAUCAGCUGUUUAUGGGAGUUUAAAACUCACUUUGCUGCCGUCUGUCACCCACAAAUUUGGAAGUGAUUAAAAACGCAGUUAAUCGGUGUUAACUCUGCCGUCUGUCUUGGCUAUAAGAUAAUAUUUGUAACUAGAACGUACCUUUAGAACCUUCUGUUCGGAACUACGAAAGUGCAGCCUAUGUAACAGGAACAGAUCCUGAUUUUUAUCCAGCCAAGGACUGCCAUCUCGGCAGCUCCUGGCAAACUUUUUCUGCCGCUACUACAAAAAACAUUGUUCUACUUUUCUCGGAAAUACUGAUUGCUGAAAUUUCUGUUUAUUUUGCUUUUCAAUUAAACGUCAAAACAACGGGAUGUGACUUGGCAGCACUAUAAGCAGUCAAAUGGUUGGAUAAUUGGCACCACAACUACCAGCGCCAUCUAUAUCAGAAAAUUGGAAUUCGUGCAUUAUACAAACUUUUUUUGGCGCUUAAACAACAGCUGUUCAGUAAAUGCAUUUUCCAAACAACUUUUUGUAAAAUAGUUUUAUUUAGUAAAUAUCGAAAGAAUGCAUGACGAUUUAAUACAAAUUAGACGUUUUUUAAAAGAACGUUUACAGCGUGAUUAUACAACAUUACAUGGACAUGAAGCGGAGCGUGAAAAUGUAAGGCAGUUGCUGCAACGCACUGCAGAAGUUGGAGAAUCAAAUUCACUAUUGCUGAUUGGACCGCGAGGAUCAGGCAAAAGCACUUUAAUUAAUUCUGUGCUUAGUGACCUCGUGCCUAGCGCUGAUUUUCAACAAAAUACUAUGCUUGUGUAUUUGAAUGGUAAUUUGCACACGGACGAUAAAUUGGCGCUCAAAUCGAUCACCAUACAAAUGCAAUUAGAAAAUGCUGCCAAUGGAAAAGCCUUUGGUUCAUUUGCAGAAAACUUAGCAUUUCUAUUGGCUUGUCUAAAGUCGGGGAACAAACGUUCUAAAAGUGUUAUAUUCAUAUUGGACGAAUUUGAUCUGUUCUGUGCUCAUCAUAAUCAGACAUUACUGUACAAUUUGUUUGACGUAUCACAAUCGGCGCAAGCACCAAUUUGUGUAAUCGGAGCAACAUGCCGUCUAGAUGUCAUUGAAUUGCUGGAAAAACGUGUUAAAUCACGAUUUUCACACAGACAAGUUUUUCUCUUUCCGACUUCUGACACUUUUGAAAAGUACCAGGACCUGUUCGAGACUUUAUUAAGCAUACCCACCGACAGGGAGUUGAAGCAGAUUGCUGAACGCGUAUCCCAUUUACAGAAGUUGAAUUCAAAUGAGCUAACAAUGCAUCGUUGUCAUUUCAAUCCUGCCAAGUAUAAAUUUAACAAAAAAUACAUUGAAACUUGGAAUAAUGGCAUUGGUGUGUUAAUAGAUGAUGCAAAAUCGUUGGCAGUGUCUUCAUUAAAGACUCUAUAUGAAAUCGAUAAGAGCGAAUCGUUUUUAAAAAUAUUUAUAUUCCGCCUUGUGUCGCAAUUAGAUCCAGAUACGCAGCCACAUAUUACUGCAGAACAGAUGUCUGAAAUAGUUGCAACCUACACAAUUGAUCCGCGAGUUGAAUUACUAUGUGGCUUAUCCGUGCUCGAAUUAUGCCUUGUUAUCGCUAUCAAACACCAUUCCGAAAUCUAUGAUCGUGAUCCUUUCAAUUUUGAAAUUAUUUUCGCACGUUUUGCGAAAUUCGCUAAAGUGUCGACCACCAUGCAGGGCAUAGAACGUGCUGUCUCGCUAAAAGCUUUUGAACGUCUACGUCAUAUGGAAGUUAUUCUUCCCAUUUCUAAUGUAGUUGGCAAAGUACAAAAAGAUUUUGAAAUGCAUCGUCUGGCAUUAACGUAUGGUCAAUUAAAUGAUGCCGUGCAAAAAUAUCAAGCACUCCCCACGGAGGUAGCGCAAUGGGCACAAAGUUCUAUAAUUUAAGCAAACACAAAUGUUAAGAUGUAAGUAAUUUAUUUUUAUAUAUUUAAAUAAGUAUUAAAUUCAUUAGAAUUGA